UGGCGCUAAAUUCAUUCUGAAAAUUAGAAAGAUGAAGCAGUAGCAGUGGCAGAUCAUAGAGAUGACGCUCAAAUUAUACGUAGAUCGUCGUUCCCAUCCUUGUCGUGAAGUUAUCAUCUUCUGCAAGUUAAAUGGAAUAGACUUUGAGGAGGUCCACAUAGAUCUCUCCAAAAGGCAGCACUUGACUCCUGAAUUCAAAGAGGUCAAUCCAAUGAAGCAAAUACCAGCUAUAAUGGAUGGAAAAUUCAAGCUUUCUGAAAGUCAUGCAAUUGUUAAGUAUCUGGCUUGUGCAUUUCCAGGAAUUGCAGAUCAUUGGUAUCCAGCUGACUUAUACAAAAGAGCAAAGGUUGAAUCUGUGCUGGACUGGCAUCGCACUAACUUCCCUCGUGGUCCAGGUUCAUAUGUCUCUACAUCUGUUCUUGCUCCUGUAUUUGGGUUGCGUUUGAAUCCACAAGCAGCAGCAAGAUCUGAAAAGAUCCUUAUAGCAUCUCUUGCAAAGAUCGAGUCUGUUUGGCUCCAGAAAAAAGGACGAUUUUUACUUGGGAGUGGCCAACCUUCAAUUGCAGAUCUUAGCUUAGCGUGUGAGAUUAUGUCACUUGAGGUUCUGGAUGAUAAGGAUCAUGAGCGGAUAUUAGGCCCAUUCAAGAGAGUUCUGAAGUGGCUUGAUGAUACGAAGAAUGCCAUGGCACCUCAUUUCGAAGAAGCACAAUCAACCCUCUCUAAUUAUAAAGAGAAGGUGCAAAAGCAAAGAAAUACUGUAGGAAGUAAAAUUACUCAAUCAGGCGGAAAACCUGUCCUGCAGUCGAAGAUGUGACAAAGGAGUUAGGAAACCA